AUGAGUGAUUUAUUUGUCCUUCUUGGUUUGGCAGCAUUUGUCUAUCUCUGUCCACUUAUAUGGAUCGGUAUAGUCUAUAUUCAAAUUGUCCGAUAUGCAAAAUAUAAUAUAUCAAUAACAAUUCGUCGAUGUCUAGUCCAAAAACAACAACGUGAAAUUCGUCUUAUUCGUCGUAUUCUUACACUUUUUGGUAUCCUUUUUAUUAUGGGUUUUCCUUAUUUUGUUUUUUUUCUCAUGGUUCAAUUUACUCAGUCACCAGCACCGUCCUAUGGUCUACGACUCAGUUUUGUGUUUCUGUCAUUUGGUUAUGGCAUUUGUCCAUUACUCAAUUUAUUAUAUACAGAUGACGUGAGAAAAAUUAUAUUGAAUAGAAAAAAUACAUGUCAAUGCCAUCAUAGACAAGCUCGAGUACAAUGCGUGAACACCAUCAAUAUGGCUACUUAA